CUCGUGAUGACGUGUUCGGAAGCUCGUUGGCAGAGAGGCUAUGUGCAAACGGAGCUGACGGAAAUGAGCUACUGACUCGUUAGAUACAGCCAGCUAUGUCCGAAGCCUUCUAUGAGAAAUUUUUGGCUCCUGAGGAUCCCUUCCCUCUCCUCUCCCAGAGAACCAACCUCAGUGAUGUGGGAACUCUAGACGUUAGUGACUUUGGCUGUCAGCUGUCCUCUUGUCACCGGACCGAUCCCCUACAUCGUUUCCACAGUAACAGGUGGAACCUAACUUCAUGUGGUACCAGUGUUGCCAGCUCAGAGUGCAGUGAAGAACUCUUCUCCUCUGUGUCAGUGGGUGACCAGGAUGACUGUUAUUCCCUUCUGGAUGACCAGGAACUUACAUCUCUAGAUCUGUUUCCAGAGGGUAGUGUUUGCAGUGACGUUUCUUCAUCCAUCAGCACCUACUGGGAAUGGUCCGACAGCGAGUUUGAGUGGCAGCUGCCAGGAAGUGACAUCGCAAGUGGCAGUGAUGUACUGUCUGACAUCAUUCCUAGCGUGCCCAGUUCACCAUGUCUAUUCUCAAAGAGAAAGGCCAAGCCUCAUCCCCACCGCAACCUGGACGAGCUGCCCUGGAGCGCCAUGACGAAUGAUGAACAGGUCGAGUACAUCGAGUACCUGAGCCGGAAGGUCAGCACGGAGAUGGGCCUGAGGGAGCAGCUGGACAUCAUUAAAAUCAUCGAUCCCUGUGCUCAGAUCUCCCCCACUGACAGCGAGUUCAUCAUAGAACUCAACUGCCUCACUGAUGAGAAACUCAAACAGGUGCGUAGCUACAUCAGAGAGCACGGCCCCAGGCAGCGGGCCAGCAGUGCCAGAGAGAGCUGGAAAAGAAGCAGCCACAGCAGUGCCAGUACCAGCGGAGUUAGCGGAGCCAGCAGCAGCAACGCUAGCAUGGUCAGCUCUGCUAGCUCGUCAACUGGUUCCACGGCUUCAAACUCCAUAGCCGGUGGUACAGCCUCUGCCUGUAGUGGAGGAAGUGUAGCCAACAUCAGCAGAGCUCACAGUGACGGCAACCUUUCCAGCGCUGCAGAACGCAUAAGAGACUCAAAGAAACGCUCUAAGCAACGGAAGCUUCAGCAAAAAGCUAUGCGCAAGCGCCAGCUGAAGGAACAGCGACAGGCCCGGAAGGAGCGUCUGAGCGGGCUCUUUCUGAACGAGGAGGUGCUGUCCCUCCGCGUCACAGAAGAGGAUGACCACGGCGAUGAUCUGGACGUGUUGAUGUGACACCAGUGAAUCAAUCAGUGCUCCCUCUACGCCUGCUCUCUUGCCACCUAACCAUACCAACCUAGCCAUGUAGUUUGGCUGUAGACAAUGCUUUUGCAUAGCCCAAGACAGCAUACUGCGGCGCUUGCAUUGUACAAUAAGCUCGUAAUGCAAAUGUUAACGGUCGGCAAAAGCCCUUAGUAGCUCCCCCUAUGCAUGCUUACAAUACCAGUCUCCGUAAUGCUUAAUUUUUAUACAGCGCUUAUGUUAUCAGUAGUCCAUAACCCUGCCUGGUAGUGCUGGUGUAAUGCUGCUAAUGCUAGGAGAUUGCUAAUGCUUUGGUAUUAAUCAUCAUGUUGCAAAUAUAGCUUGCUUACAGCCAAUGCUGGGGCGUUUUAGCAGCUUUUAGAUGGAGAUCACUUAACAACAAGUACUAACACUACAAAAAGUUUAAGAUCUUAGAUAGUUGGAAUCCUGUUUAGUGAUUGCUCAUAGGUACCAAAACUGAUUAUAUUUACCACUGCCAAUGUAGUCACCACUGGUAGGACAGAUGAGAGACGCCACAGAAUACCAGGAUGGAGUUUGGGCACAUUUUACUGAACGUGUACUAGAAUCACAUCGUAUUGGGAAUCAAAAGAAUAUAUAUAAUUUUGCCAAAAUGAGCAAAGGAUGAAUCUGCCAUGAUUUGAUACCCCAAUCUCCAACCCCAAAAAGUAUGCUUAACUCUGAGAAUGUUUUCUUUCUUGUCACUCCUUAAUCGUUUUGUAGGGUCAUGUCAGCAACUUGGAGCUGAACAUAGGUGCACAAAAAUGAAAACGCUAUCUGUUUAGAUUUGUUUUCUUGUUCAUAUGAUGGCUCUCCUUUCAGCUUCAUGAAACCUGACAUAUCUAUAAUCAUUCUCACUACUGGGUGUAGCCAUCGUUCUAUUAAGUAAUAGUAAUUUUUAACACCCAGGGACUAAAACUUAGGAUUGUUGCGUAUCUUUGGCUCCACUAAACUAAACUGAUAGGUCCUACCUACAAAGACCAGUGUUAAAUGAGUCCUAGGCUAACACGGCUCGCUCCACCAAACUUCUCUAAUGGGUCCUACCUACAAAGACCGGUGUUAAAUGAGGCCUAGGCUAACACAGCUAGCUCCACUAAACUACUCUGAUAGGUCCUUCCUACAAAGACCAGUGUUAAAUGAGUCUUAGACUAACACGGCUAGCUCCACUAAGCUACUCUGAUAGGUCCUACCUACAAAGACCAGCGUUAAAUGAGUCCUAGGCUAACACGGCUAGCUCCACUAAACUACUCUGAUAGGUCCUACCUACAAAGACCAGUGUUAAAUGAGUCCUAGGCUAACACAGCUAGCAUGUUGGGUUAGGCUUGAGCAAAAUUUUUUAGACUGAUGCAAAAUGACUCGUAUGGCGAAACUUCUAAAAAACCCCAUAAAGUCUGAAAAGUUCCAAAAUCGACACUGUUGUUUUGGCAACCAUCAUCAUCAGUUCCAUAACCUAUGGAGGUCGUAGGAGCACAGCUGAUGCCUCAACAAGUCUCUUCCACCGUUCAUGGUGAUGGAGUCUGGCUGAGUCAUCAUUGUGUGUCAGUAGGGGGAGUACCUGGUGGUCCCUAUCCCCUCUCCAGGUAUGGGUGGCUGUUGGAUCACAGAGGAACUCAACCGCCCUUUGACGGGUUUUGUUUUUAGCCCAGCUAGGUGUCCACACACCCUCUUCACAACAACCCAAGGGUUGAAGUGGGGGUGCAGGUUUAGUCGCUGACGACCCGACAGUUGCAGUUUAACGUCAAACCUAGGACCAUGCAUUUAAAAAAAAAAUAAUCAAAUACUUUGUGAGGUCCUAGGUUCAGGGAUUUUCAACACAUAUUGAGGACGAUGUCACAUAUAACUUAAGAUAAACCAAACACAGGAUGCUGCUGAGUCUCUCCUUUGAGUCAGUUCAGGAUGCAGUCUAACACAGUUUGCUUUUUCAGGCAUAAUCUGGCCUCUGUUUCAGCUUUCAGAAGUGACAAACCCGUCCCCUGUUGAGAUGGGGACAAAUGGGCCCAUGUUUAGGACCCUGAUGGGGGGGGGGGGGGGGGGGAGUUGAAGAAAUUAAGUUGAAUGAAGUGAAGUGCCUGGUCUCCGUGUCUUCGUCCGUCCGGCUUGCUAGGUGUCGUUCCAUUUCACCCCAAAGGCUUGGAGGGAGCACUGAAGCACUGCAUGUUAAACCAUCACCCGUACAGGACCCGCUCGCUCGGUGUGGUGACUUCACUAAUAAGCUGCAUCCUGUUCGCAUACUUACUUCUUUUUUAAACAAGGCUUAUCCAUGUCUCUGUAAAUACAAGUAGAGCUGCUUCACAUCGUUCCUUAGUUUCCCUCAUCACUUACAGGAGUAGGACAUCCACAUUUGACUUUUUGUGUUUUUUUUUGUUUUUUUUUUCCUUGAUUUUUGUGUGUGUUACCUGACAGGGUGAUGACUUACGUCAUGGUCACAGCUUGCAGAGUGUACGCCACCUACAGAUGGUACAUGUGCAGUAACGGGGUGUCACUCUUUAUAAGGUUUGAGGUUGGAUUUGUGUUUUCUUGGUCCUAACUGUGUCAGUACUUGUGUUUUCCCUCGUGACUGACACGUGAUGUCACACUGCGCUGUGCAAAGGUUGUAUCCUUCCAUCAUGUUGUGUAACUCACAGUUUUGCAGGAAAACAAUCGUUUUUGCAACCGAGCUCGAACCCUUUUGACCACAGGAGCAGCACAUGUUCGAAAGCGGCUGCCUUUAGUGUUACUAAAAGCUUUGCAGAGCAUUUUGUGUGUAUGUUUGUUUGUGUGUUUCUUCCCUCUUUGGUUUACUCCGUACUGUAGGCUGCAGCAGUAGGCUUGUUGUCUGCCAACGGCAUGCUGGCAGUUACUAGCCGCUGUCAGGUUUUAGGCGCUGAAGUUGAGCCGGUCUUAAAUCGACCACUGAAGUGAAGUAACAUUGAAACGGCGACACUCGCACGUCAGAGACGGCUUCUGUGUACACGCGUUGUUAUGCAGAGUCGCGGACACGUCGUCCGAGUUUCCUUCAGAUGUGCGGGAACUGGCUUACGGAGAUCUGGAUUGUGUGUUUUUCUUUUGGUUAUUGUGUUUUCUCAUGUCUCCCCCUCCCGUCAGCUCUUAAUUCUGCAGUACACAUUAUCUGGGCUUUAGGUUUCGUCUCCGUGCUUUCCCACGGGGCUUGUGCUCACGGCUCCUGUGUAUAGUUAGUACCCCCCAGCCAUCAUGAGGAUAGACGCUCCUUUGUGUUUGUUAGUGACGAAUAUGUAAAAUUCUAUUUUGAAAAACGAAAAGCAUUUUGAAGAAAAAAAGGUUAAAAACAAACUGCAACAUGCUGUAACUAUUUGUAUAUAAUAAAUAUAGAGAUGAUACAG